AUGGACAGUGGACAGGAGAAUUCUCAACCGUUGGUUUCCAAUGAAAAGAGCAAGCAAUCAACAACCGAAAUAGAAGAAACACCCAUUGAGCAAAGUACAACACAAUCCAUUAGUGAUGACGAUAUCAUCAAUACAUUAAGCGCUGAAUUAUUCCAAGGAUGGAAACUAGUCAAUGAUCUCCUUUCCAAUCAAUUUGCAAGUAUGACAUGGCCUUUUCGUGAACCUGUUGAUACUGAGAAAUUAGGACUAUGGGAUUACUAUGAUCGAAUUAAACAACCAAUGUGUUUAGUAUGGAUCAAGAAGAAAUUCUAUGAUUCUUCCUACACAACCAUCAACGAAGUCCUCAGUGAUAUUCGUCUAAUGAUUGAAAAUUGCUAUCGGUAUAAUGGCUCCAAACAUUGGAUAUCGAAAUUGGGCCAGAAAUUGGAAAAGACCAUAGAGCAGAAAAUUAAUCUGUUUCCAAAAUCGCUUCGUGAUAAACUAAGAGGUAAUUCAAACGAUGGAGAAGAUAACGCCAAUGUAACCUCAUCAAGACGUAGAUGCAAUCGCAGCUCAGGUACUUUCGAUUUUGCAACAUCCAUUGUUGCUAAAGUAAAAUUGGAAGAAGAAGAAGAAGAAAAAAUUAAACGAAAGCAAAAACAACAAGAAGCUAGAGAAGCCAGUUUAGCUAUGCUGGAAGAAAUUAAUAAUUGGCAAAAAGAGUACGCCCCAUUAGACUCUGUGAAAGAAAUCCGAUCCUACUGGCAGGUACCAGCCAUAGCUCAACUAUUCUUCCUUUGCCAAGAUUCGUUGAAUUUGCGAAAUGUAUGCUUAGAAGAAUUAGAACUAGGAUUAAUUAUGCCGCACCGAAGCUAUCUAAUGGCUCGCAUAUUCUCAUCUCUACUCUUGGAUCCCAAGCCCCGGCAAUAUCUAGAUGAUAAAAAAGCCAUGCCGUACAAUGUUUGGGAUCAUAAGCUAAAAAAUGUAUUAAAAUUAUGGUAUGAAACAAAGGAUGAAUUAAACGAGGAAAUGGUUCUAGAUAAGUUCGGAUUAGCCUCUGAUCUCUUUGAAGUUUUAGGCGAUAAGGAAGAAAUUAUUACUACGCCCUUUCAUGAAUUAUCAAUUCGGAAACGAGUAUAUUUACUGAAAGCGCUUUGUGACCAUGUUACGGAACUGGAAUUACGAGAUGUCUUAACACAAUAUGGGCCUGUAACUUUGCGUGAGAUUGUACUAGGCCAAGAUGACAAAGGUGCAACCUACUUUUAUUUUCCAGGAUUCCUAUAUCUUGACCUGAGAGUUUAUAAGCACGAUCCUGUAACGGCUGAUAUACUAAAAAGAAAGAAACGUAAGGCACCCGCUAGAACUGUAAAGGAAAUUCCGGUUUUACCUACUCCUCACAAAAGACCUGAAAGAUUACGGCAGUUUAAAUCGGCAAACAGUUCCCCACCAACACGUGAUCCACCUAAAAUCGUGCCUAAAUCGCAAACAAUUACGAAUCCUGACUCGGAUUUCGAGCUCCUUUGUGAUAGCUGCGAUUCUUUAAAGGAUCUAUGUGAAAGUUUAGCCCCUAUAGCUAAACGACGUAGUAAAUCCAAUCCGGAUAGCUCAGUAAAAUACCUUUUGGAAACCCUAAAACAGUUACUCUCGGAUGUUCUUCCUUGGGAUUAUAAACUGCAACGUACGCAAGCCCGUAUCAAAAAUAAACUCAUGAGAGAAUGUACCAACCCAAUGGAAGAAAUUUCAGUCGAAGAUUGGCAAGAACCUACUCGGAUCCCGAAGAAAAAGGAAGGCAAAGACACCGAGAAGGAUGAUGCUGCAAGUGAGGAUGACGAUUCUAGUGGUGAUCCUAACUCGGAUUCGCACUCCAAUAGCGAUUCCUCCGCAAAUGAAAGCUCCAUUGCAGAAAACCAUAGUGCCGAGAUUGAUCAUGAAGACGAAAGUGUAGAUUGUACAAGUAAAGUUGAAAUGACUGAGUUGGGACACAGUAAUAAGAGGAAGCGAAAAAUUAAACAAUCGAAACAUGAUCCGUUGGAAAGCGAAAGUUGUAAUACCGCACCUAAAGCCAACAUUCCUUCAACUAUCCCAGCUGAAGAAACAAGGAAAGAGACUUUAGCAGAAACAAGUUACGACGACAAAGAGUAUCUAAUUGGAAUACCCGCUAAGAAAUCGUUACCGUCAAUACCUUAUAUUCCUCCCACCAGUGUCAAGCCGUAUGACAAUUCAAGUGGAACGAAUAGUUCCUAUUCGAAUAGUUUAUAUAGUAACGACGAUGGUAUUAAUGCAAAUCCCGUACAGGUUAUGUACUCAAAUGCGCAAAGUACCGGAACGGCAGGCCAAUCGAGUAGCUCUUUAAGUACAAAUAUCGACAUGACGAGAACUAGCUCUCCAAAUGUAAAUUAUUCGGCACCAUUUACUGCACCGCAGACAACAAAUCUUCAAAACUCAAGUUUGAAUGUCAAUAAUCAAAAUGUGUAUCAUAGAAGCAGCAACGUUUUUACAAACUAUUCCCGCGAUCAUAAUAGUUAUUAUUACCCAGCGAAUAAUAACUAUAAUGCCCCAAUGAUGCCACCAAGGCAAGAUAACUAUAGUAAUGUAAAUGGUGGUCAGAGACUGCAAACAGCCUACAAUCUAGUACAAUUUUCAUCCCAGCGACAACAUUCUGUACAAGAAGUUCCUCAUGAUAACUCGAAUAAGAAACCUCAUGUCGAUGCUGUAGAUUACAGUAAUAGCUUCCAAUAUGGUAGCAAUAAUUCGGUUAAUUAUAAUAAUAAUGUUACUAAGGACAGUCAGUUAAAUACCGAUAGUUAUAAUUUAUAUCAACAACAAAACAUGUGGACUCCACGUCCUACAAAUCUAAACUCCAAUUCCAAUUAA